GCAUGCGAUCCCUUAUCGUGGCGACUGAGCCUCAGAGUAGCGGAUAUGGACGUUUCAGGGGCAGUUUGAUCACAUAAAAAGGAAUCGAGUGAAAGUUGGUGGUAUUGUGCACAACAGCGCGGACCAUGGAAGGGCUGAGCAGGCAACAACUUCUUCUGGCUGUUAUUCUUGUGCUCAGUAACAGCGCCAAUGGGAUGAGACUGCCGCUUGAUGGGGAAACCGGUUUCUUUAAUAAUACAACCGACGGAAUGGAAGUCAUCGGAGAUAUGAUUAUUCCUAAUGAACUUCAUAAUUAUCUCAAAACACUAAAUAUUCAACGAAAAGUUAUUGCAGCCCCUGAAUCCCGCUGGCCAGAAGAAAAUGGAUUUCCCACAGUUCCCUACAAACUUAGCAGCAGUGUUUCUGAAUACGCAAACGUUAUUAUGGAGGGGAUGAAGCACUGGCAGCAACACACGUGCAUUAGAUUCAGGGACUACACAAACAAUGACGAAAGUUACGUCGACUUCGUCAAAGACAGCGGAUGCUGGUCAUUUGUGGGGAGAACUGAUAGUACUAAACCUCAGCAAAUAUCCAUUGGUAAUGGAUGUCAGUAUCUCGGGACUGUUAUACAUGAGAUCGGCCACGCUGUCGGCUUCAUCCACGAGCAGAUGAGGCCCGAUCGGGAUCAAUAUCUUUACAUCAACUUUGAUAAUGUUGCACCCUCCACUUAUUCCCAGUUCACCAAGUACAGUCCUAACAAUUACUUUACCUACCAAGUAGAGUAUGAUUACACAUCUGUUAUGCAGUAUGGAGGAACGGAUUUCUCCAGCAACGGAAAAUUAACUAUGGUAACCGACAAAGCAGAGCAUCAAGGACUUCUGGGAAGAGGUCAGGCUCUUUCUCACAGGGAUAAAUUGGCAGUUAACCUUCACUACGGAUGUAUUGAUAAAUGGGAAGCUGAAUGUAGUGUAACUAAAGGUUUGUGCAAGAAUGGAGGCUACCUGGGGAAGGAGUGCUCUUGCGUUUGUCUUGGCACCAGCGGAAAGAACUGCGAACAGAAGGAUGCAGAAUACUAUGAUGCUGAAAUUCCAAGAUGCAGCAGAAAGAUAACAGAGGAAACAGUGAUUACUUCUCCAAAUUAUCCCAAGACCAUACCGUACAACACUUGGUGCGUGUAUCAGAUCCAGGCGCCUGCAGGAAUGAUCGUGAAACUCACCUUUGAUGAAUUCAGCCUCGACAGGUACACAAGCUCAGGUCCUCUGAGGUGUGCAUCGGCCUUCCUGGAAAUACGCGCCUUUGAUAGAUACAAUGGAAAUAUAGCUUGCGGAACUGACAUAGUAGUCAGCAAAUCUUUGUGAGUAACUCAACAGACAUGAUUUUGUAUCUGGAUACACCGUACAGUGCAUCUUCCAAAGGCUUCAAGGCACGGGUCUCCUUCAUUAUGGAGGAACAACGUGGUGAGUAUAUUACUCCAGUCAUCCCUACAACAGAAGGAUCAGUUUCGGGUCUCUUUGCAAGCUACUGGAUUACCAUGCUAGUUGUUAUCUUUACUCGUGCCUUACUAUAUUCAUAUGAAUAAGUUACUCAUGUAUCUACAUCUUAGAAGAGCUUAUAGAAACUGAUCUCCUUGCUGUAGCUAUACUGAAGUUACUUGCGCAUGGCACAAGUAGCAUGUCUUCACAUUAAGCAACUGUAGCCGAUUUUUUGCUGUUAUGUUAAAUGAUUCAUGGAUGACUUGUCGGGUCGUUUAGAAGUCUCACUCCAAUAUAUGAAAUUUCUCUAUAGGCAUCGAAAGAUGUUCUCAGACGGCAAAGAAGGAUUCAGUCAGUUCUUUGUUUUAGGUACGAGGCUUUACCUUAUUGUAUCUUUAACCUAAGCACCAAUAUUUGUUAGUGGUGAUUACUGGAAAGGCAUUUUUCAAUAAUAAUUCACUUAUGAUAAGCUGUUGCUUUUUUAUGAUUCACAUUUAAAUCUUUAGCCUAAUAAUGUAAAUAUUUCAUAAGCUUGUAUUAACAUCAAUCACUAGCCACUUAAAAAAUACAAAUGAUGCAUAUCCGGGUCAAGGGGUAGCUCUAGUCGGUUAAUCAAGACAAGAGCAGAAUAUCAUAAUAUACUUUCAGUAGUUUUCGUAUUUUCAUUACUGUGGAUGUAUCAGAUUGAGCUGUAUCAAUAAUACAAUUAAUUAUAAGAUUAUUUUCAUAAUAUUUAUAAUAAAAGUAAAAUUUA